UUUCUCCUUCUGCAGCUCGAAUCCAAAACAUCUAUCUAUAGCUCGGGGUAUAGGGGAAAGAUGUUUAACUCGGUGAAUCUGAGCAACUUCUGCUCUCAGACGCGUAAAGACCGGACAUCCGAGUUCGGGGACAGGACGGGCUGUGCCUCUAACAUCUACCUCCCCAGCUGCACUUACUACGUCCCAGAAUUUUCUACCGUCUCGUCGUUCCUUCCGCAGGGGCCUUCGCGGCAAAUAACCUACCCUUAUUCCACAAAUUUGUCUCAAGUGCAGCCGGUACGAGACGUCUCCUACGGUCUGGACCCCUCCAGCAAAUGGCACCACAGAAGCAACUAUGCGUCUUGCUACUCAGGAGAGGAUCUGGUGCACAGGGACUGCCUUCCGCCAUCCACCAUGACAGAAAUGCUCAUGAAAAACGAGAGUGUGUACAGCCACCACCACCACCAUCCCAGCUCUAAUCACCCAUCGACCGGCUUCUAUUCUGGCGUGGGGAAAAACAACGUGCUUCCACAAGGUUUUGACCGCUUCUUUGAGACGGCAUAUUGUGGCUCGGACAAUCAGUCAGACCAUUGUUUACAAAAGAGCGAGUCGGCUAAGCUGGACAACGCGUCCCAACAGCCCAGCGACGUGUCUGGCGUGGAAGAAACGGAAAAGGAGCCGGAGGAUGAGGAGCAACGUACAAAUUCUGCCUCGUGUACCUCGUCGGCUACAAAGGACGCCAAUGCAGGCAAGAUCAUCAGCCACUCGAGUACACCUCGCCAGAGGAAGAAGAGAUGCCCGUACUCCAAAUUUCAAAUCCGUGAACUGGAACGAGAGUUUUUUUUUAAUGUUUACAUCAACAAGGAGAAAAGGCUGCAGCUCUCCAGAAUGUUAAACCUGACAGAUAGACAAGUAAAAAUAUGGUUUCAAAAUAGGAGAAUGAAAGAAAAGAAGCUGAGCAGAGACCGCUUACAGUAUUUUUCUGGAAACCCGUUGUUAUGAAUCUUGAACUGGUAUCAGCAGACUAACAGUUAACUUUACUUGAUAUUUCCGUAAACCGUGGCUGGUCAAAUCCAACUUUGUUUAGCACAUUUGUGAUAAACCUAUACGUCAUGCAAUUUCAGACAACAUUUGUGGAAACUACAAUUAUAUAAAUUUAAAUAAUCCAAGUUCAAAUUUACGUUUCCGCUUUUGCCGUCGGUAAUAAACGGCAGUAUUCGACAUUUGCUAUUGUCAUAUUAACCGUAGUUGAACAAUAGCAAAUCAAAACUGUUGUAAAUAUGUAACCUAUAAGAAACAUUUGGGGGCUUGAGUCUCCCUUUUCUUUGUUUUUUUAUUUUUUUUUUACAUUUUGUUUUCUUAAACUGUGACUUGUACAAUCAGUAAUAAUGUAUUCCUUGUACAGAGACUAUGCAAUGUGCAUUUGUGACUGUAAAUAUAAUAUCAAUUUAACUUUGUUUUUCAUAACCUUGCUGCUAUUUUCUUUAUAUUGCCCGAGCAACCUCGCGCGCUUUAGCCUAUUGUUCGUUUUCUUAAAUUAUUUGCUUUAUGCUGGUGGCAAGUGAUUGAGUCUUUUCUUGUCUUGUACAUAAACGAGUGAUAAAGAUUAGACUACACUUGGUCUAUGUACGAUAUAUUAUAAGUCUUCAAUUAAGAAAUAAAUAGAAAUAAUGUCAAAGCC